GUCUGCACACGCUAUCGGUUUCUAGUAGUAUGUUCUAGUAAACCAUAGCAUAGUUCUUGAUUAUCUCCAGCUCCACGUUUUAUUGAAACAAUAAGAAUAUUUAAACGCUCUCGUUGAAAAUGUCUGAAAAAGAUUAUGCUCCAUUAAGUGCUGCGUGCGUCAGGGCUCUCAGCGAUAAGCUCUAUGAAAAACGAAAAGCGGCUGCCUUAGAAAUCGAAAAGAUGACAAAGGAGUUUUCAACUGUGAACAAUUCAAUACAAAUUAAGAAACUGUUGCGUGUUCUGAGCCAGGAGUUUGCUGUGUCACAAAACCCUCAUACUCGUAAAGGUGGAUUAAUUGGGCUUGCUGCAAUGGCAAUAGCUCUGGGAAAAGAUACCAAUUUGUACAUGGAAGAACUUGUACGCCCAAUUCUUGCUUGUUUCCUGGACACUGAUUCUAGAGUUAGAUACUAUGCUUGUGAAUCCUUGUAUAAUGUGGCCAAAGUUGGCAGAGGCGCAUUGCUGCCACAGUUUAAUGAAGUAUUUGAUGUGUUAGCUAAACUAGUGGCAGACCCUGAUCAAAACGUCAAGAGUGGUGCUGAACUUCUCGAUAGGCUUUUGAAGGACAUUGUGACAGAGUCAGCUUGCUUUGAUGUCACUGCCUUCAUGCCUUUAUUACGUGAACGAAUAUACACCAGAAACACAUUUACAAGGCAAUUUUUAAUUUCCUGGUUGUCUGUCUUGCAUUCGGUGCCCCAUUUGGAUCUUCUCACCUUUUUACCUGAUAUACUUGAUGGAUUAUUCACUAUCCUAGAAGAUCCAACUAUGGAAAUAAAGAAAAUGUGCGAAAGUUUGCUCGGAGAAUUCUUAAGAAGCAUCAUCGAAAAUCCUAAACAUGUAGACUUCCCGUCCAUGAUCAACAUUCUAAUUCAUCAUAGUCAAUCAUCAGAUGAACUUUCAAGAUACACAGCUGUUACUUGGAUAAGUGAAUUUGCCAUUUUGUCCGGCCCGGCAAUUCUUCCUUAUACAUCUGGUAUUUUAACAGCUAUUUUGCCUUGCAUGGCCUACGACGACGAUAGCAAAAAAGAUCUGCGUGAAACAACCCGAAUUGUGAAUUCGAAUUUAAUGCGACUAGUUGAUAGCGAUAGUGAAAAGAAUAUGGAACUAGGUUCUGUGGUUCUUGUUUUAGAUCAGCAUCUUACUCAUAAUUCGGUUCACACUAAAGUCGCAGUUUUGAAGUGGAUUGAACAUUUACUUGGUCAUCUACCGAACUCCAUUCUUCCCCACACUGAGAAAUUAUUUCCGGUUUUGUUGAACAAUUUGUCAGAUCCUGCUGAUCAAGUCGUAAUAUUGACAGUGCAGGCCUUGGCACACAUUGCUAGUAAGUUCUUGUCAAUACUUUUUCCAUCCAUGCGUAAUCAUCGCCAUUUAAAUCUAGAUGCCAAAGCAAAUGAUGCCAUGGGUGAUUCUUAUUUUCUAAAAUUCAUGAAAAGCUUAUUAGCGUUAUUCAGUAGUGACCGUGGCAUGCAAGAAGAACGAUGGGCUUUCAUAAUAAGGCAGUUGUGCGUCUUGCUAAGCGCCGAAGAUAUUUAUCGCACAUUUGCCGAAAUAUUAAUUGAAGAAAAAAAUUGUCGAUUUGCUUCAGUGAUGGUGGAAACUUUAAGCACUCUGUUACUUACAUCUUCCGAGCUGUUCCCGCUAAGGCGAAAAUUGAAGGAUCUUAACACUGACGAGAGUUGUAAUCUCUUCGUGAUGCUCUACAAAUGCUGGUGUCAUAAUCCGGUAGCUACGGUUGCAUUAUGCCUAUUGACACAAAACUAUCUACAAGCAUCGAACCUCAUUCGUCACUUCGGUAAUCUUGAAGUUACUGUUGAUUUCCUAACGGAGAUUGACCAAUUAGUUCAACUGAUCGAGUCACCAAUUUUCGCAUAUCUUCGCAUAGAGCUAUUGGAACCGGAUAAAAAUGGCCCUAUCGUUCACACCUUAUAUGGCUUGCUGAUGCUUCUUCCGCAGAGCGAAGCGUUCCAUACGCUGAGGCGAAGAUUGGAAUGUGUUGCACACUUACGUCCUUUAGCUGAUAACAGAAACAUCGUACAGGCAAAAGACAAAAGGCCUCUAAUCAAGGCUAUCGACUUCCAAAAGCUAACUGAGCAUUUCGUGCAUGUCCAGGAAAAACACUGCCAAUAUGAACUUGAAACGAGGAUAGCGGGCAUGUCGAACCAUAAAUAAAAAAAAGUUUAGCAGAUACUUUAAGUUUGGCUGAAAAUCCUAUGCAAAGUCAAGAAUUUUACCGCUAAACAGUCAACUGAAUCUAUGAAGAUUCCUUUGAGAAUUCAUACCCGUGUGUAGGUGUUGUCUUCAUCCAGUAAAAAAGCCAGACAUCUAAAAAACAACAAUUUUUUUUCCUGUCUAUGUACUUUUCCACAUUGCAUUCCAUUCUAAGCAUUUCUUUCUGAAAGAACACUUUCACCUUUCUAAC